UUUAACUCGACGAAAAUGCGUGGAAGUCACCUGUUUCAACCGAACCGAGCCCUGGGAUACGUUAGUAAUCAUGUUCCCCUAAACGUCCGUUACAUUGAGCAGCGACGAGAAAACAUUGCUAUUACUUGCAUUGGCCGUUCUUUCCACGUGUACGGUUGCAACAGCUUUCGGUUGAUCCGUGCCGGUCGUAUUCAUGCCGAAAAUAUCACCGCCCUGGCUGCAGAUGGAUAUCUAACCUAUUCGGCGGCCGGUAAUGUAAUCUACGGAUGGCGCUCCAGUGUGGAGCUGCGCAAGGUUUACCGUGGCCACGAAGCACCUGUUCAUCUCUUGCUGCCAUUUGCAAAACAUCUCAUUUCUGUCGAUGAAAGCAGUCUGCUGAAAGUAUGGGUCGCGUCAUCGGCUGGGAUCUAUCUGGAAAUACCUUUCGCAAAGGACGAGUUCGCCGUGUCGGCUAUCGUACAUCCGGCAUCGUAUAAAAACAAGGUUCUGCUUGGCAGUGCGCAGGGUGGGCUGCAGUUGUGGAACCUAAAGUCGGGCAAAUUGGUGCAUACAUUUGAAUCAUUCAACAGUAAAGUGCUGCAGCUAGUGCAAGCCCCUGCCAUCGAUGUGAUUGCAAUCGGGUUACAAAAUGGCCGGAUCGUGCUGCUAAACAUCAAGUAUGAGCAAAUAGUGCUCGAGGUACAUCAGGACUGGGGACCGGUGACCGGCAUAAGCUUUCGGACGGACGGGUAUUCCAUCAUGGCCACCGGUAGUUCGAAUGGCCAGAUAGUUUUCUGGGAUUUGGAGGAGAAAACCAUCGUUUCGACACUAACGGCGCACGACGACUCCGUUACCGGACUACAUUUUUGCGCCAAUGAACCUCUGCUAAUUUCCAGCUCACCGGAUAAUUCGUUGAAGAUGUGGAUUUUCGAUCUUCCGGAUGGUGGGGCACGCCUAUUGCGAUACCGCGAAGGUCACGCUGCUUCGCCUACCUGUGUUCGCUAUCAUGGUGCGAGUGGAAGAAACCUUCUGUCGUCUGGCGAAGAUUCUUCGCUUCGAGUUUUUAACACCGUUACAGAAACACUGAACUGCAGCCUAGGAAAGGCUAGCUACAAUCGGAAAGCAUCUAAAAAGGCCAAAAAAAAAUCAGAUGAUCCCUUCUGUAUGCCUGCCAUCAGCUACUUCACUUCCGAAACAACGCGAGAUAAGGAGUGGGACAGCAUAGCGGCUUUGCAUCAGGGUUUGGUGCAAGUGACCACCUGGUCUUACGACAAGCGCCGAAUGGGUGAACUUCAUCUCGUACCCGAGGCGUUUCAGAAUAAGACGCGUUCCGAUUUCAGCGUCACGGCCAGUUGCCUGAGUUUGAGUCACUGCGGGAACUUUGUCACGAUCGGAUACUCAAGCGGUCACGUGGAAAGGUUUAAUAUCCAGAGUGGAAUUCAUCGGGCAAGCUAUGGAUCGCCAACGGCCCACAAAGACUAUGUACGUGGAUUGGCCAGUGACAACUUGAAUCAAGUCAUCGUCUCCGGAGCUGCCGAUGGGUUGCUGAAGUUUUGGUAUUUCAAGCAGCCGAAUACGUCGCUCAUCGCAACAGCGAUCGACACGGUGGAUUUGACCGAACCGAUUACUUUACUGAGGACGCAUCGCGAAGGUGCAAUGCUUUGCGCGGCUUUGGAUGAUUUCUCCGUGCGGCUAAUCGAUAUGGAUACGCGUGUCGUUGUGCGACGUUUCGAUGGUCAUCGAGGCAUGAUCACGGAUGUGUGCUUCUCACCCGAUAGCCGCUGGCUCGUGACGGCGGCUCAGGACUGUACCAUCAAAGUGUGGGACAUUCCUUCAUCCUAUUUGAUCGAUCAUUUCCGCGUGGCGCAGAUGUGCACCUCGCUGUCAAUGUCACCAACUAGUGAUUUCUUGGCCACGGCCCAUGUCGAUUACCGUGGCAUCAAUCUGUGGGCGAACAAAAGCCUUUUUUCGCACAUAACGUUGCGUGGCUUGAACCCGGACUCAGAACCUCCGCUACUCGAUCUUCCGACAACGGUUUGCGAAGAGGAAGGACAGGGAUCGCUCUUGCAUGCCACUGCAAGUACGAAUGUCGAUGAACUUGAAGAUGCGUUCGAAAAAAUCAAUAUCGAGUACCAGUCGCCUCCACAACUUUCUAGCGAGCUAAUCACUAUGUCGGAGCUGGCCGCUUCCCGCUGGCAGAAUCUGCUUAACCUUGACGUUAUCAAAAAACGCAACAGACCUCGACAGGCUCCGAAGAAACCCAAGUCGGCCCCUUUCUUCCUCCCAACGGUAGCGGGGUUAGAUCUUGAGUUUGAUCUUUCACAGUCACGGGAAGCAACUACGGGCAAGGACGAUGCUACACGGUCACACAUACUCGAAUCAAAGCAAGUGGAUCUUCUGACGGAUUUCGGGAAACUUCUUAAAGGGGCACUCGUAACCGACGAGUACGACAAAGCCGUUUGGCAUCUGAUGAAGCUAGGCCCCACAAUGGUGGAUUACGAGAUCCGCAACCUCACGCCGUUCGACGGAGCAAACGGGAGCCUUUCGGUAAUGGGCUCUUUCAUUCGUAUGAUAAUCUAUAUGCUCGGCAGGAAGCGAGAGUUCGAACUAGCCCAGAGUUAUCUUAGCUUGUUUCUAAAACUACAUGGCCGUACGGUAGUAGAGAAUGAAGAGCUUUCUAUCCUGCUUUCUGAUCUCGAGAAAGCACAAUCCGAGGGUUGGUCCGUGCUGGAGGAUAAGCUAAUGUAUGGGUUGGGAGUUGUUAGUAAUUUACGGAACUUCAGCGCUUAA